UUUGAUGAUAUAACUCGCAGUUGAACUUAAUCAAAACAGCUAAAGCGAUUCGAUUCCUCUCUCGCUGACAAAACACAAUGCCCGAGGGUCCAGAACUCCAUUUGGCCAGUCUGUUUGUGAACAGGGUGUGUGAAGGUUUGGUGUUUUCAGGAUGUGUGGAAAAGUCAGAGGUGAGUAAAAGUCCUGCGGUGGACUUUGCCUGUGAUGAGUACCGCAUCACCGCUACAUCCAGAGGCAAGGAAGUUCGACUCACGCUCACACCCAUUAAGAAUGACGACAGCAAAGGAAAAGUCAAGGGAGUUCAAAACCAAGAGCCUAUGGAUGUGGUCUUGCGUUUUGGGAUGUCAGGAUUUUUUAGGUUUACUAACGAGGAUGAGCUGCCCAAGCAUGCUCAUUUACGCUUCUACACCAAUGAAAAGCCGCGCAGAGUUCUCAGUUUUGUUGACGCACGCAGAUUUGGCAGCUGGCAACCCAAUGGAACCUGGCAAGCAGACAGAGGCCCUUGUAUCAUGUUUGAGUAUGAGGACUUCAGGCAGAAUGUUUUGUCUAACCUGUCAGACAAAGCUUUUGAUAGGCCCAUCUGUGAAGCUCUCCUGAAUCAGAAAUACUUCAACGGAAUUGGUAACUACCUGCGGGCAGAGAUCUUAUACAGACUGAAAAUCCCCCCUUUUGUAAAGGCAAGGACUGUUCUAGAAGGACUUGUUCCUAUAGAGAACAAAAAGGCUAUCAAAGAGGAGGUCAAGCCACCGGAGACAUCACAUAAAGGAGGAGUAAAGAAUCUGAAGGCCGAGAGUCAAGACCUCCUCUCUCUGUGUCACACUGUGCCUCUGGAGGUGGUUAAACUAGGAGGAAAAGGCUACGACCCAGAAAAGACAGAUUACUCAGUGUUUGAGGCUUGGCUGCAGUGUUACUAUGUGGAUGGAAUGAACUCACUGAGAGACCAUAAUGGGAGAACUAUGUGGUUUAAGGGGGAAGCUGGUCCAAUGGCCCCUAAAGAUUCUAAGUCUCCAAAAGCAAAGAGGAGAAUAAAGAAAGAUGACCAUGACUACACAGACACAAAGAAGGGAGCAAAAAAGAGUCGCACAGACAGCCUUUCAAAGGACAAGCCAGUCAAACCUAAAACAGGGACAAAAAGACCUACUGUGCCAAAAAGGCAGAAAAACAGUCCGGAGGUAGAGCAGACAGAUGACGGUAAACGUAAAACUCGCAGAAAAAGCAGCUCAGCAGCACCUCAAAAGCAGAACAGAUCUACAAAAAAGAUCAAAGCUAAGACUGGACAGGAUGUGAGCACGCCUAAAGCCAAAAAGAAACCGAAUGCUCGCAGGAAGAGCAGCACAGCGGAGCCUCAGAGAAAAAGUGGUCGAAUAAUAGCCGGGAGCUUGAGAAGAAAUAGCUAAGGCCAAUUUAUACUUCAAUUUACAUACUCAGGAAUGGAAGAAAAAUGGUUCUUCUUCGUUUCAUGGGACCAUUGCAGCUGUUUUUA